AUGCAAGAAACAAUCAAACAAGCAAAAGAUGCUAUAUUACAAGUAAUUGAAUGCUUAAUCCAUGAAGAAAUUAUCUCUGAAAUUGACAAAUCCUUAAAUGAAAAUCAUAAAAAUAAGUUGAAAGAAGCUUUGUUAAACAUUCCAUUUGGAACUGAAGUUCAUAGUAUUGGUUUUACAGCAAGUCAUGAUGCUAAUGAGAAAUGUCAACAAAACUUAACAGAUAUAAACUUAUAUGAUCAACGAUUAGAUGAAGUUUCUAAUAAUAAAUCAAAUGAUUUUGUAAAUACAAAAAAAUUAAUUGAUAUGUUUAAAGAUUUUUUAACCAAGUAA